AUUUCUUGGCAAGCACCCGACACGUGCCUUAGCCGCUACCCUGGUGCCUACCUCGGCCUACCUCUCCCUACCCACCCGGAACUAGUUCACGCCGUAGAUGAAGUCGUUCAUCCAGCCCAGCUGACACGACUGGGUACGCUUGGGGGGGACCUCCACUCAUAUUCUUUCAAGCCACUUCUUGAUAUCAAGGACAUUAAGCCCAUCCUAUAUUUUCCAUGGUUUUGCCCUGAAUAUGGAGUCAUCAUGGCGCGCCCAAAACCCGAUACCUGCCGCACUGUUGCAACCUUCCAAAUGGCUCCCACUGUACGAGGAGUUCGUGACGAAGAAUGCUAGUUCUGUGGGCCAAGUGGAGUCCGCGUUGAGGUCUCUAACAUACAUCAUCCCAGGACGAUACCGAGAUUCGGAGAUAAGCUCAGAGUGCGUGCAUUCAGGGGUACAGCUUCUGUCUCUCUACCAUGACUCUUUGGUUUCGCGAGUCAUUUCUAGGCUACCUUCAACGAUCCCGCGGCCUACACCAUCACCUCAUGCGCGCUACACGAAGUAUUGGACCUCCCACUCUUCACUGUAUCAGAGGAUCGCCAUCGCACUACAGAUGAUUCAGUAUACGGAACUGCUGUGGGAGAUGGCGGCUCGGCGUCGUGGAGAGAAGGUGCGCUGGCGUGUCAUCGUCCUAAUCGAAGCCGCUAAGGCCAUCUGUCGCCUGUUGCUCCUUCGUCUCACCAACUCUAGACCAUUAGUCAGUCCUCCACUUCCUGAACGGGAAGUAGAUCCCAGAUCGCUGGAAGAGGAGGACAAUAGCGACUGGAAUGGCAUGCAGACACCUGUUAGCGAAAAGUCGUCGGAUUUGUGCUGGACCAUGCCUCGCACAGGCCUGUCGCUUCCUUCUCUGCCUAAUGUGGACGACCUUUCGAACUAUUUGAUAUCUAAAGUACUCACGGCCGACGAUAUCAAGCCACCGAAAACGCUGUUGCACCGAGUCACUGGCCAGGGCCAAUUCGCUGAGAUUCUAUACAUCCUCCGACCAGUAGUCUAUGCGCUCAUGCUGCAACGAUACUGCAAAGACAGGCGGAGUUGGAAACCCUGGCUCAUUGGGUUCGGCAUGGAGUAUGGCUGUCGACAACUAGCCAAAGCUGAUCUUCGCGAAAGAGUUGCAGGCGGCCUUCGGGGAUUGACCGGGCUGGAGCGGGAGGAACUGAAGAAGAGAGGUUGGGCGAUGGGUUGGUGGUUUAUGCGUGGGGCUUUCUAUGAAAACAUUACCAAGUCCUGGUUGAAAGGCCUGACCGGCAAGAUGAGGGGCAAACCUCUGCUUGAUUUGGUAGGCAGUGUCAUUGAUGAUUACGAGUAUCUUUGGGACAACUACUACUUUGCGACUACAACACUGUGAAGUUCGCUGUGUUCUGCCAGCGUCAGAUGUUUCUGCCAUUUUUGCCAGCAUUUUGCUUUACCUCGGGAGCCUCCUGUACCUUCACACAGCCCGUCUUCUCGUACUUAACUUAGAUACCCGAUGGCUUACCAUCCCCAAGCUAUCCCCUUUUAAUAUGUUAAACCGCUAUAUUCUGUUUUUG